CCUCGCCUGUGACGAUGCUACACUCAAUUCGAGCCCAGUGGGCAAUUCGCCCAUUACCGAAAAUAACAUCGACAACAUUGAGACCCCUCAAUUCCUCGACACGAGCCUACUCCUCCCCAUCCUCAAAAACACACACUCGCCCAUCCUCCUCCGCACAACCCGACUCCCCAGCAACCGUCCCCUCAACUUCCUCUACAUCCACCACCUCCCCUGACGAUAUCAACCCGCCACCAAGUACGCGUCCGGCAGAAAUCAAUGCACCAGACUCGCUACCCGACGAUGCCGCGCCGAUCGAUACAGUAAAGCGCUAUGUCGCACUGGGACGGGCAUACCUCUCUUUCUACAAGACGGGAUUGAAGAACGUAUAUCACAACUAUCGCACUUCUCUCCCAAUGAGAAAGGGAUUGGGAUUGCCCGUAUAUCUUCCGGUCUCACCGCCACCGAAGUCGAAAACGAUUGCAUUCAAGAACGCAGUUGAGAAGACUGGGCUUAGUCGUUCGAACUUCCAACUUAUUCGACGCGCCGCAUACGAUGUUCGACGGAUGAUACCAUUUACGCUUAUGUUGAUUGUCUGUGGGGAAUUUACCCCGGUUAUCGUUCUUGCGCUGGGAUCAGCUGUUGUCCCAUAUACCUGCCGCGUCCCGAAACAACUCACCAAAGACCGUACACAAAAAGCAUCACGGAAACGCGCGGCGCUGGUGGCGCAUUACGUCCAGUCAACCGGCUCUGUCUCAUAUACCCCAGAUACAGGGAAGGAGUUGGACCUCCUAGCGCAAUACAUCAGCCUGGAGUGGAUCGACUCUGCAUCUCCAGAAGAAGUGCUGCGCGCAUGUGCAGUAUUCGGUCUUGUAAAGACACAUACUCGUCCGUCUACACUUGUAUCGCUGAUAUACCGCGCGCGACUGAGGCGGUUUGCAGAGUAUCUAGCUGUUGAUGAUGGAUUGAUUAUGCAUGGGGGCGGUGUUAGUGCGAUGGAGGGAGUUGAGGUUCGGAUUGCGGUUGAGGAGAGGGGUGGUGUUGAGAUAGUUAUGCGGGAGACUGGGGAAGAUGAGAGCGAGGAAUGGGAGGGAGAGAGGGAGCAGAGGAGGUGGUUGGAAGGGUGGCUGGAGAGGAGGGCAUAGAUCUCUUUUCAUGGGCGUUUGAUGUAGGGGUGGGAAAAGUUGUAUUAUUUGAUAGAAUGAUCUUUAGAAGUUGAUACGAUAUACGCUCUAGCUUGCAAUAGAAAGUCCAAAUAUAAAAGGC